GAGACAAGUGAUAAUGAGAUGAGUCUCUGAGGUAGAGUUAGGUUGACAGUGACUUGAAUAAGGUGUGUCACGUCAUAGUAGUAGCGAGUAAUAGCUCGCAGAAUGUUGUUUACAUUUCUGUGCUGCUGGCGAUAAAAAUAAAAAUAUAUAUGUUAUUUUAAGACGUGUAUUCGUUAUACAUCAUUAUAUAAUUUGACAUAGAGUCCAAGAUACAAAUUAAAUAGUUCGGAUAAUUCCUCUUAUAUUUGGAGCCAAAUAGAACAUGGCUAAUUAUAACGUCGUAGAAACUGUGCUAGGACCUGUAUCAUUGUCGAAACUUGGUAAAACGUUAACGCACGAACAUCUGGCUGUCGAUUUUCGUAAUUUUUACGUAUCACCACCGAAGCAUAUUGAGAAACAUUUUCCCAAAAAUAGUCUGGAUCUCGCUGAUAUCGGAUAUAUCAAACAAUAUCCAUAUAGCAGUUGGAGUAAUGUGAAGUUUUAUAACGUGGAGGAAGCUGUCAGUACAGAUGUAAAAUUAUUGAAGGAAGCUGGCGGUGGAACCAUCGUGGAAAACAGCAGCCAUGGUUUGAAACGCGACAUCCCUUUAAUGAGAAAUGUUAGUAAGUCGACGGAAGUUAAUGUGAUUGCUGGAACUGGAUAUUAUGUUGCCAGUGCGCAAACUGGAUCAACCCUCGACACGACGAAGGAAGAAAUGUACAAUCUCAUGUAUAGAGAAUUGAAAGAGAGUUGCAUAGAGUGCCCCAAAGAGAUGCAGGUAAAGGCUGGAUUUAUCGGAGAAGUCGGCAGCACUUGGCCGAUCGAAGACUUUGAAAAACGUGCCAUUUGUGCGACUGGCGAACUUCAAGCUCAAUUGCAUUGUUCCGUGAGCUUUCAUCCCGGAAGAGACGCGUCUGCACCUGCGGAAAUCAUGCGAAUCUAUCAAGAGGCUGGUGGAGAUCCUACCAGAGCCAUCAUGUCCCACAUUGAUCGUACAUUACUCAAGAAGGAACAACUCCUGGAAUUCGCCGACGAUAAUAAGUGUUACAUCCAGUUUGAUCUGUUUGGUAUCGAAUGUUCUUUUUAUCAGCUGAAUCCAUCGACUGAUAUGCCAUCGGAUGCACAGCGUAUCAAACGUAUUGCACGUCUGAAAAAGGAAGGAAAAUUGCAUCGUGUUCUGAUGAGUCACGACAUUCACACGAAGCAUAGAUUAAUACAUUUUGGUGGCCAUGGAUAUUCCCAUAUCGUGAAUAACAUUCUGCCAAAGAUGAUAAAUAAUAAAGGUUUUACUAGGGAAGACAUUGAAUUAAUAACAGUUGAAAAUCCGAAAAGAUGGUUUACUCAGCAAUAAUUUAUCUACGAAACAAAAAUUCAAUUUUCUUAUAACACUACUGUAUUUUCACGAUUAUUUUUUGUAGGUUUCUACGAAACUUUAUUUCCAUUAUUAUUAUGAAUUGU